AUGUCGCCUACAAAGAAAGCCAAACUCCUGUGCUCUCGGAGAGAAGCGAGAGCAGCAAAGAGAGCUGAAAAAACUUUACCUGUUCGUGUUCGCAAGGUUCCUUUAGGCUAUGUGGAAUCUGGUGUGUCGUUUCCAAAUGCCCGUUGUAUGCCGUGCCAUGGUGUAGAUCAAACGCCUGUUCACUCUCAAUCGUUGGGAAACACAGAUGUUGUGUUACCCGCUGAUAAUGCCCUUGCGGUUGGUGAAGGAUUAGAAUUCAUGUCUGAACAACUACCUGGUCCCUUUGGUUGUUCUUCUUCUUCCUCCUUUAACAGAACAAUUCCUAUCCAUAAGACGCCUCCUACUACAGAGCUUCCAUUCCGUAAUAGCCUUGCGCCAGUAAAAUAUCAGAGGUCGUCUAAUGGUGCAGACCCAAAAAAAAUCCCCAUUCAUUCUACUGAUUACCAAGUCAGUGCUGGAUCAAGUGAAGGAGGCCCUAGGAACAUACUACCCAUUUCCCCUGAAAAUGAACACUUGAUGAACAAUGAACAUUCUGAAAUUAUGCUGGACUUAUUUUCCUUAAAUUCAACUCUUAUCAACUCUGAACAACCGGUUCAGAGACAUCUUGCUUGUAAAAGUAAUUCUUUCCCUGCUAUGCUUUCGGAUUCUGUUUUACCCCCUCCUUACACAGGCAUUCCUGGAAAGGAUGUCGUCAGGUGUGAACCAGCAGCUGGUCAUUUGGAGAUGGGAGGCAGCGAAGUAAAUCCUUCUGCUGCUCCAUCUUUUAGUCGACCUCGUACCAAGAAACGCAAUACUUCUGAAACUGUAGCCAACCAGAAAUCAGAACGAGCACCUUCAGCUUCAUAUCUAUCUCGUCUUGCCAAUAUUUCUUUCGCAUCUCUGGCGCUACCAGAUGCUCCUGAUUGUCAGCAUUGUGGAGCGAAGAGGUUCCAUUUGGAGCCUCCUACCUUUUGCUGCUCGGGAGGAGAAAUCUCUAUCGUCGCUCCUCCAAUGCCUUAUGAUCUGAAACGUUUGUUCAUUGGCAACGAUGAAGAGAGUGCUCAUUUCAGAAACAAUGUACGUACUUAUAACAACAACCUUGGCUUUACAACCUUUGCUGCGAAGUAUGACUCUGAGCUUACAAAGAACACAAAAGGUGUUUAUACCUUCCGUGUUCAAGGCCAGGUCUAUCACUUCCUUGAUGGCCUUGUUCACUUGGGCGAUAAACCAUCUGGCAUCCAAUUAUAUUUCUUUGACACUGAUGAAGAAUUAGCAAAAAGGCUUGGUAACUCUGAUAAACUGCACGAAAACACUUUAAGAUUGCUUAUGCACGUUCUUUCUGAUAAUCCUUAUACUCGCUUCUUUAAAAGCCUUAGGGAUGUUUCGAACAUUGACAACCUGAACAUUGUCCUUAAUUGUUAUCCUUCACUUGACCAACGCGUGUAUAAUCUUCCCUCUGCCUCGCAAGUAGGAGCUAUAUGGACUGAAAGUGAAGAUCAGUCAUCCAAUAGACGCGCUCAUAUUCAGGUCUAUCCUCGCUCAGCUGGUAGCCAUAGAAUCCAGCAUUAUUAUGACUGUUAUGACCCUUUACAGUACUCUCUCCUUUUCCCCCGUGAUGAGUGUGGCUGGCACCAUGGAAUUAAAAGACUUCACAAAAGGAAAAGAGGAGGGGACUCCUCUGCUGAUCGAGGCAAAACAGAGGGUGAUACUGUAUCAGUUAGGGAGUACUACUGUUAUAGGUUUCAAAUAAGGGACGAUGAUGAGUCAAUGUUAUUACACACCCUUAGAUUGCUACAGCAAUUUUCGGUUGAUGGUUAUGUGAAGAUAGAAACAUCUAGGCUUGAUUUCCAUAGACAUCGGCAGAACAAAAUACGCUCCGAAAUUCUUCAAGAAGUUCUUGAUAGUGUUUCUAUUGGCCAAACUGCUGGUUCUAAGGUUGGUCGUAAGGUUAUCUUGCCAGGUUCCUUUAUAGGUGGGUCGAGGGAUAUGCGUCGUCGCUACCUUGAUGCGAUGGCGUUGGUCCAAAAGUACGGGAAGCCGGACAUUUUCAUUACAAUGACAUGUAAUCCAGCGUGGAAGGAGAUUCAAGAGAACUUGAAAUACCAUGAAAAACCUCAAGAUUGGCAGACCUUCUAG